AUGGAUUCGACAAACGUACAAGAGGAUUAUAUUCAGCAGCGAUUGAAUAAGGUGCUUGAAUCCCGUAUUGAUUCCGACCGAGAAACAUUAGAUGCUCUUACGGAUUUAUCGACGUUUUUCAACGAAAACACCCUGCAAUCGCGGCGGAAUUUGAGAAGCCAAAUCGAAAAACGAAGCUUGGAAAUUAAUAAGAAUUUUUUGAGUGCAUUCAAAGAAGUGAAGGAAGUUCUAGACGGUAUAUGCGAUGAUAUCAAUUCCAUGAGUCAGUCGGUCGAUAACAUGAAGUCACAACUCCGUAACACUGAAGCCCAAACGAAAGAUCUUAUCCAGCAAGCUAAUGCAUUGCAGGAGGAUAAUUCCAAGCUGCAAGUGCAGCAAAAAGUUGCCGGUGGAUUCUUGUCCCGAUUUCAGCUGUCCGUCGUCGAACAUCAGAUGUUGUAUGGUACCAAACGUGAUGCUCCGAUCACGGCCGAAUUUUUCCAAGUUCUCGAUCGCGUACAGCGAAUUCAUGCUGAUUGUCGAACGCUUAUGCAAAGCGGAUAUCAGACGGUAGCUUUGGACAUAAUGGAGGAAAUGACGUUACACCAGGAGGCUGCCCUUGAGAGGCUCUAUCGCUGGACACAAUCCCACUGCAGGAACGUGGAGUCCAACGAAAUGGGAGUGUUGAUCGUGCAAGCAAUGGCCAGACUUCAGGAGAGGCCAGUACUGUUCAAAUACGUCAUAGACGAAUAUUCCACCGCUCGGCGGUCAGUUGUGGUGCGAAGUUUUAUUGAUGCGCUUACCAUAGGUGGUCCCGGAGGGAAUCCAAAACCAAUUGAAAUGCUUGCCCACGAUCCCAAACGCUACAUUGGUGAUAUGUUUGCAAACAUUCAUCAGAUAUUGCCGCCAGAGAAGGAAAACCUGCAAAUGCUGGUUAGGAACUGCGAUAAGGAGGAUAUUUCUGAGCAAAUUCAAUCGGCGAUGAUCAAUGUAUCGGACGGGGUGUGUCAUCCUUUGCGUGUACGUGUGGAAACGAUUCUAAACGCGGAGAAAGACACCAUUAUUUUGUACUCCAUAUUCAAUCUGAUCAAGUUCUAUCAGAACAUGAUAAAUGGAAUCGUUAGGGGUGGACAGUUGGAACAGUGCCUGGCGGAUUUACAGCUAUUCUCCGAAACGAUGUAUCUGAACAGUUUGGCAUUCCAGGUGAAGCAUAUACUUCAAGGUCCAAAUGAGAACCGUAUUGGACUGGAACCUCCCCAAACGGACCUAGUUCCUUCUCCAAGUGUCGGGCGGCUGUUGAAUCUUCUUAAGGAAAUUCUCUCAGUUGCCAGUAUGGUUGCCGGUAGCAAAACGGAUAUCGUCAAAAUAGUUGGAUGUGUUAUAGAUCCAUUGUUACAAUCAGUGCAAGAAUCGGCAUCUCAUUUGCCGACCACUGACAUGGCAGUGUAUCUGUUGAACUCGCUGUACCAAAUUGAAAGCGUUAUUUCGAUUUAUGAAUAUAUGGAAGAGCGACUAGAACGAUUGCGAGCGCAAUCAGAUGCGCAAAUUGAUACGCUGACAUCGGAGCAGGCAUCUUCACUUGUAGCAAAUUUAAACCUCGGCCCGAUAUAUACCGUGCUUCAAGGUAACGCUUCUCAGAUAGAUCAACGACAUUUGCAAACGUUUGUGACCAAACUGGAACAGUUUCUUCAAACACCCGAAAUUCUUCUGUUACCACAAGUAAAUUUGCUCAUAAGCAGCGGCCAUCGAGCGAUGGUGCAGAAGCGAUCGUUCAAUGUGAUCAUUGCUAUUUAUCGUCAAAUUUAUGAACGCAUUAACGAUCCAAAGAAUGGAUACACAAAUCCAGAAACGAUUUUUUCUAAAACACCAGAGCAAGUAGCAGAGCUGCUUUGUGGCUGA